CCCGGAUGUCGACGAGGAGUUAAAAUCUAGAGAAAUUUAUUUGAAACUGUGGAAAUUCAUGAUCCCAACGACAAUGUUAAGCAUAUUUUGCUGACACAGUUACAUAACUCACAUUUCUGUCUGAUUAUUGACAAUAUUUGAAAUGGCAAAAGCUGGUUACUUCAGAAAAGCUAUUCAAAAUCUUGCCAAAAGUUUGACACCGGCAACUGGACUGAAGAAAACUAGAUUCAUUGGCCAAGAUCAUUUAGGAAAUAAGUACUUCGAAAAAUUGAAAGAUGCAUCAAGUGCAAGAAAAGAUAUUCGCUGGGUUGAGCCUGCAAGUGGCGAUGAGUGGGACAAUCCAGAGAUGCCAACAGAAUGGACAGCUUGGUUACAGAACAGGCGAAGUGAGCCACCUUCAGUGGAGGAGAUUUCAAGAAACACAGCAAUUAUGAUGAUGAAGCAGCAGAAAGGGAAGAGACUAGAAGCAGAAUAUAAAAGAGUGUCUGAUGAGAUGGCAGAAACUGGAGAAAUUCACAGAGAAAGUGAGACACCUGAGGCCAGACUAGAGCAACAAAAAAAAUAUCCAACUUAUGAAGAAUAUGAAAUUAGUCCUGGAGAGACCAAGCAAAAUAGCAGCAAUAACAGGUGACGCAGGAUAUGUCACUGAUUAAGAAAUACAUAUUAAUAACAAUGAACAAUUGAAUAAACUGCCUGAGCUCAUCAGUGUACUGUAUUAAACAAAGUGUGACAAUCAAUGGCAAUGCCACAUCAAGUUGCUCUCGCCAUAUAUAGUGUCCCUGUUGAAUUUCAUUAAUUAAUAUGAAUGAUCAUAUCCAAUGUAAGCACGGUGACUAUCCAGGUCCCGUAAAUCGCGAGCAAGUUCCCACUGACAUUGCGAGCAAUGAGCUCAUGCUAGAAGCAGGGCCUUGAGAGAUAUGAUGAAAUAUAGUUGUAGUUGAAGAA